AAUUAAGAUUAUAUAUAAAACAAAAUAAAUUAAAACGCAAAAAAUUAUUUCAUUGUAUAAUAAUAAUUGAUUAAAUAUAACUAAAAUUAUGAAUUUUAGAACCUUGUAAAAAGAAAUAAUCAUCAGAAUAUCAUGGUUUGGAUUCCAGGAGAAGAUUAUCAAGAUUUGUGUGAUUUGGGUGAAAAAUGUUCAACUUGUCCAUCACAAUUUGUGAUGUUUAUAACAAUUCUCUCGUUAAUAUUCGGUCAAUCAAGAGAUAAGAAUUUACCUCGUGAAAUACCAAAAAAAUUAGAUUUUAUUAUUGUCGGAGCAGGUUCCGCAGGAUGCGUUCUUGCUAAUCGAUUAACGGAAAUUAAAAAUUGGAAAAUUCUCCUUUUGGAAGCAGGUGGAGAGGAAUUAAAAAUUAAUGAACUACCAUCGUCAUCAUUUAUAUUACAUGGCAGUAAUGUUGAUUGGACCUAUAAAACUGAACCCGAAGAAAGUUCUUGUCUAGCAAACAAUGGCUGUCCAAUGCCACGUGGUAAAGUAAUGGGUGGUUCGAGUUCUACCAAUGGAAUGUUAUAUGUAAGAGGAUCACCUUCAGACUAUGAUAAUUGGGCUAAAUUAGGCAACAAAGGCUGGAGUUACAAAGAAGUUUUGUAUUAUUUCAAAAAAUCCGAAGAUAAUCGAGAUGAUAAUAUUGUGAAGGCAAAUCCCUUUUACCACAAGAAAGGUGGCUAUCUACCGGUUCAAAAAGUUCUAUACAAUGACACAAAUGUACAUUUAUUAUCAAAAGCGUGGCAGGAAUUAGGAUACGAAAAUAUAGACGUGAAUGCUGAUAAGCAAAUUGGAGUCAUGUCGGCUCAAACAACGACACUUAAUGGAAGACGUCAAAGCACUAACGAUGCAUUUAUCCGCCCAAUCAGGGAAAAAAGGAAAAAUCUAUUUAUCGAAACUGAGGCAUUCGUCACAAAAGUCAUAAUAAAUUCAAAAAAGAAGGCAAUUGGUGUUGAAUACACCAACAAGUAUGGCAAAAAGAAGAUAGUAAUGGCACAAAAAGAAGUAAUUAUAUCAGCUGGUACAGUUAAUUCUCCAAAAUUGCUGAUGCUCUCCGGAAUUGGUGUAUCUCAAGAAUUAAAGAAGCACAAUAUCAAAAUCAUAAAAGAUUUACCAGUAGGUCGAAAUCUACAUGAUCACGUGACAGUUGGUGGUCUUCGUAUCAAACUCAACAAGACUUCAACCAAAAAGAGUUUAAAGAAACGAAUUGAAGACGUAGAACUAUAUUUAAAGAAUCAAACAGGUCCACUGGCUACAAUGGGACCUUUGCAAUGUAUUACCUUUGUCAAAACAAAUUUAGAGAAACAGCAACGAGUUCCUGAUAUUGAAUACAAUUAUGUACCAUUUGACAGUAAGGGACACGUCACUACUCCAAAUUCUUAUAAUAUGAUAACUAUAUUUACAAUAGUGUUAAAUCCCAAUAGUAGAGGGACAAUAACUCUAAAUGCAUCAGAUCCAAUUUGGGGUGCACCUAUAAUUCGUCAUGGAUUCUUCACUAAAAAUCCAGAUCGUGAACGACUAUUGGAGGGAAUAAGAAUUUUUCUUUCGCUAUUUAAGACAAAAGUCUUUCAAAAAAAUGAAAUGACACUUGAUAAAAAACCAUUUCCACUUUGUAAAAAAUGGCAAUUUAAUACUGAUGAUUAUUGGUUUUGUAUGAUGAGAUAUUACACGGGCACUGAUUAUCAUCCAGUGGGCACUUGUAAAAUGGGUCCAAAAUCUGAUUCAGAAGCUGUUGUUGAUUCACAGUUACGAGUUUAUGGAAUAAAGAGUUUAAGAGUUGUUGAUGCAUCAAUAAUGCCAAAAAUUACUCGCGGUAAUAUUAAUGCGCCAACAAUUAUGAUUGCUGAGAAGGCUAGUGAUAUGAUUAAAAAUUAUUGGAGAUGGAAAUUUUUUUAAGUAUAGCACCAAUUGAAACAUAACUGAAGCUACUGUUUAAUUUGA